AUGUUGACCCCCAUCAGCACCAACAUCUCGUCCCCGGUCCGCCCGGCCCUUGAGAGCCCCACCCACAAGGUCUGCCGUUCGGUCGAGGGUAAGAAGCUCGAUGUCGAGCUCGCUGCUAAGGCCAAGUCCUUGAAGGACGGCGCCAAGGCAAGGAAAGAGUCCAAGGGCCCUAUCCUCAAGCGCAAGAUGGCUUGUGCCACCUGCCGUCGUCGUAAGGCAUCGGCUGAGGCUGCUGGUCACCCUUCGGCCGUGCCUCCUGGUCCAUGCAGCUACGACUGCGACUCGCACGACGAGCCUGUCCCCAACCGUUUCUUCAACAACGGUUCAUUCCACUCGCUCACCUUCCACAACCACCCCCGCAUGCCAUUGACACCAGGCUACGGCAUGCCCAACCCAUACGAAGCCAUGGUCGGUCCUCCUAUGGUCGACAGCCUCAGCUUCUUGCCGCCCACCAGCCCUCACGGUGUCUGGGCUUACGGUGACUUCCCCAUGACUCCCUCGCGCGUCUCGGGUCCCGGCUGCAAUUCGUCGUCGUGCCACACCACUCCCCUGGUCACCACGCCUACCCGCCCCACCUUCCUCACCUCGACACCGAUGCGCAGGAUCAUCAGCCCCAGCCUCGCCAUCAACUCGACACCGAUCCAGGAGCACGACGUCUUCUACUCGCCGCCAGCUCACGAGCAGUGGACGCCGGCGUCGUCGUCCAUGGGCACCGAGUCAAUCUACUACAGCCCCAUGGUCGCAUCCCUGUCUGAGGGCCUUGCCUCGGUGUCUGGUCUCUCCUCGGCCGCUUCGACGCCAUCGCUCGCCUCGACACGAGCCAUCCGCUCUCCCUUCCCCAUGAGCCAGGACCUCGGCACCCCGCUCAGCAUGCCUCCCACCACGCCCAUCUCGGAGAACUUUGACGUCAACUGCCUUGGUCCUCCCAUGGUGCCUCGCGCGUCGCUGUCACCCAACGAGCACCAGAUGAAGUGCACCAACUUCCUUCAGUCGCUCGAGCCCAUGCCAUACCAUCUCAUCGACUUCACCGGUGCUGGCGCCGUUCACCCCGAAGCCAUGUCGAUGAUGUCCACUCCCAUGAUGGCAUGCGACUCGAUCGAGAUCAUGGCUGGCAACGACCUCGGCCUGAUCAACGGCCCGGCGCUCGAUGGCAAGCUUCAGGACCCCUUCACCACCUUCUCGGGUCUCGAGAUGCCCGACGCUAGCUUGCUCGCCAGCGCCGGUGCUGCCGACAUGUCGAGCUUGACGCUCACGUCGGCCAUGCCUUCGGACAUGUUUGUCAGCGCGGCCACCACGCCUGUUGCCCCCGAGUGGGUUGCAUAG